CAGAACGGAGCGGAGUGUGGAUAGGAGAGGCUGCUUCAUGGUGCUGCCGCUGCCGCCUUUGUUGUAGAAAUAACGAUUUCACUAUAUCCAUUCCAACGCGAAAAAGGGAUACUUGACCACAGGGGAUACAUUUAGAAAAGCAUAUCAAUGUUUCUAAACGAGGGCCGGAGUCUGCUUCUGCUAACGCUUCUGGCAGCUUUGCAGAUCGGCACGGAGGGCAGGGGUCCCCCACUGUGUCGGCCAGGCUUUUCAGAGAAUGUGUACAAUGCAAUGGUACCGGAGACUGUGCAAGAGGGACAGGCUCUAUUCAAUGUGAAGUUCCUGGACUGCAGCAGAGGUGGGCGCGUGCGGUUGGAGAGCAGCAAGCCGGACGCCCUCCGGGUGGAGACGGAUGGAGUGGUGUACGCCCUCCGCAGCCUCGGCAUCUCCUCCAUCGCCUCCUCCUCACCGGUGGUGAUCCGGGCACGGGACGAGUCCACCGGAGAGCAGUGGCAGACCCAAGUCAGGCUGCUCCCUGAGGCAGGCCAAAAGGUGCCUGGCGCGGAGCCCGUGGCGGUGGCGGUGGCUCCGAGGCUGCCGGAAAUCGUGUUCCCGUCGCGGCACACCGACGAUGGCAGCCAGCUGAAACGCGUGAAGAGAGACUGGGUGAUCCCGCCCAUCAACGUGCCCGAGAACUCCAGAGGACCCUUCCCUCAGGAACUUGUCACGAUCCGGUCGGACCACGAUAAGAACCGCUCCCUGCGCUACAGUGUGACUGGGCCGGGAGCAGACCAGCCCCCCACCGGCAUCUUCUUCAUCGACCCCGUCUCCGGCUCGCUGUCCGUCAACAGGCCCCUGGACAGAGAGCACAUCUCCAACUUUCAUUUACGAGCCCACGCUGUGGACCUCAAUGGCAACCAGGUGGAGAACCCCAUCGACAUUGUGAUUAAUGUCAUCGACAUGAACGACAACCGGCCAGAGUUUGUCCACCAGAUCUGGAAUGGAACGGUACCGGAGGGCUCCAAGCCAGGGACGUCGGUGAUGACUGUGACCGCCAUCGACAAGGACGACCCCAAAACCCAGAAUGGCAUGCUGAGGUACAAGAUCCUGUCGCAGAACCCAGAGAGCCCCAAUCCCAGCAUGUUCACCAUCAACAACAAGACCGGGAACAUUAUCACCAUGGCAGCAGGCCUCGACAGAGAGAAAGUGCCGCAGUACACGCUGAUCAUCCAGGCCACGGACAUGGAGGGAACGCAGCUGUACGGCCUGUCCAACACGGCCACCGCCGUCAUCAGGGUCACCGACAUCAACGACAACCCGCCCGAGUUCACGUCCGAGAUUUUCAACGGCGAGGUGAAGGAGAACGUGGUGAAUGUCAUCGUGGCCAACCUCACGGUGACAGACAAAGACCAGCCCAACACACCGGCCUGGACCGCCGUGUACAAAAUCACCGGGGGCGACCCCACUGGCAGGUUCUCCGUGCCAACUGAUCCCACCACUAAUGAGGGCCUGGUUACCGUCGUCAAGCCCAUUGACUACGAGAACACUCGGAAUUUUGUGCUGACGGUGGUAGCGGUGAACGAGGUUCCCCUGGACCAGAACAUCCACCGCUCCAGACAGUCCACAGCCACAGUCUCCAUCAAGGUGCUGGACGUCAACGAGGCCCCCUACUUCGAGUCCAACCCCAAGACCAUGAGGCUAGACGAGGGCCGACCGGCCGACUUCAUGCUCCUCGUCUACACCGCCAUAGACCCUGAUCGCUACAUGCAGCAGACCAUCAGAUACUCCAAGCUCUCUGACCCGGCCAACUGGCUCCGCAUCGACCCCAACAGCGGCCGCAUCACCACCAUCGCCGUGCUGGACAGGGAAUCGCCCUAUGUGAGCAAUAAUAUGUACAACGCCACGUUCCUGGCCACGGAUAAUGGUGAACCUCAAGCCACGGGCACGGGCACCCUGCAGCUCUACCUAAUGGACAUCAACGACAACGCCCCCACGGUGUUCCCCUCGGAGGCAGAGGUCUGCGAGAAGCCCGAGCCCAACUUCAUCAACAUCACCGCCAUUGACGGGGACAUUAACGCCAACGCCGGGCCCUUCACCUUCGAGCUGCCCCAUCGGCCCACGGACGUCCGGAGGAACUGGACCAUCACGCGGGUCGAUGUUGAGGCUGCUCAGGUGAGCCUUCGCCUCAGCUUCCUGGAGAGCGGCCUCUACGACAUCCCCAUCAUCAUCACGGACGCUGGCAACCCACCCAUGACCAACACCUCCGUCUUGCGCGUCAAGGUGUGUCAGUGCGACCACAACGGCGACUGCUCGGACCAGGAGCGCAUCAUCGCAGCGGGCCUGGGAACGGGCGCCAUCAUCUCCAUACUGCUAUGCAUCAUCAUUCUGCUAUUUUUGGUACUGCUCUUCGUGGUGUGGAUGAAGCGGCGCGAUAAGGAGCGGCAGGCCAAGCAGCUCCUUAUUGACCCAGAAGACGACGUCAGGGACAACAUCCUGAAAUACGACGAGGAGGGUGGCGGAGAGGAGGACCAGGAUUACGACCUGAGCCAGCUGCAGCAGCCCGACACCCUGGAGCCGGACGCCAUCAAGCCGGUGGGGAUCCGGCGCAUGGACGAGAGGCCCAUCCACCCGGAGCCCCAGUACCCCAUCAGAUCGGCCGCCCCGCACCCCGGCGACAUCGGCGACUUCAUCAAUGAGGGACUGAAGGCCGCCGAUAACGACCCAACAGCCCCACCGUACGACUCCCUGUUGGUGUUCGACUACGAGGGCAGCGGCUCCACGGCAGGCUCCCUCAGCUCCAUCAACUCCUCCAGCAGCGGAGGGGACCAAGAUUACGAUUACCUCAACGACUGGGGCCCACGCUUCAGGAAACUCGCAGAUAUGUACGGCGGGAGUGACGACUAAGAAAUUUCUCUCUCUCUCUUUCUCUCUCGAUCUAUCUCUAUCUCUCUCUUGCUCUCUCUCUUGCUCGCUCUCGGAUGUGGAAGAUGAAACGAGCAGUGAAAAAAUUGGGGAAAGAAAAGUUUUAUUCUUUUUUUGUUCUUUCUUUCUCCAGUCAAUAAAUGAGGACAGCUUCUGAUAACUGAUUUCCUCCCCCACACACAAAGACUGAAUGACAAUGGAAAAGAUUUUAAAUAGUUUAAAAAAAACAUACGUAAAUCAACGAAACACAAAUCACGAAAAAAGAGACAACCCUAGGCUUAUUGUUGUAGUCUACGCAUACAUAUGCUUGUUGAACGCUUAGGUGUGUGAAAGGGUCAUGUUUUUGGAGAAGGGGAACAAAACAUUGACAAAGUGUCACUGUUUGAAUUGUGGGGUAUCGAAAGCGCUCAGUCAAACUUGAAUUUCACAGGACAGAAGCACUGGGAUUUAAUGUGCCUUUUUGUACAUUUUUUGGAUCUGAAUGAUUAGUUUUAUGUUCAAGGCUUUAAUGGUAAUGACUUUUGGAGUGAUUUCAAAACAGAAAGUAUGUUACAGUGGUAUGCAUCUACAUGCUUUUUUUGGUUACUCAAUACUGCUGUUUGUUGAAAAUAUGAAUAUUUAAGUGAAUUGCAAAAUAACGACAUGAAGGAGUCCUUAUUAACAAUAAUGGGCAGAAAAAAUCAGAACAGCACUGUACAGUACGCUAGAGUUUUAGAUUUUUUCACUAAAAUUAAACACAUGCAGCUGGUUGCAAAUAAAGGGAGUCAUGAAACAUACUUUGUAGCAAAAUAAGUUUUUUUUCUUUCUGAAGUGGUGUAGUAUUUUACAACAACAACAAAAUGUUUAUUUUGUUCUAAUUUCAUGUAUACUUCAUUUGCCUUAGUCCUCAUCUGGUACUUUCAAUUUUUACUUCACUGUAAAGAUACUGUGUGUACAUAAUGUUUUUUUUUCUUUCCUUUUGAUGUAGUCUUUGAUGAAAAGCAAAAAGUUCAGAACUUGUAAAUGUAUAAUUUGGACUACAAAUUCAAGUUUUGCAUGUUUUUAUCUUUUCACAACAGCAAAAAAGUUAUUUCCAAAAUUUAUUUACAAAAAAAUACAAAAAAAACAUUACUGGGUGGCAUAUAAUGUGUAGAAGGUAUGACAGUCUUUUUGUAAAAAAUCUAAAAAAGAAAAACAAUAAAAAACAGAAAAAGUAACAAUCUUGUCAGCACAACUGUUUGAAUUUGUACCAAAAAGGGGGGUGGGAGGUGUUAGAUACCAUCGGCACUAAUGACUGAAUCAGCUUUAAGACAGGGAAAGGUUUUUGACAGAGCUUUGUGGAUAAUCUUCUGUACUGGAAUACAAAUGAUUCAUCUCUGACCCCAGCCAUCUGAAUAAAAUGCUAAUGCUAA